ACGUCAUUUCCUGUUUGUGCCUCAGCGGGAUGCGUUGUCACAAUUUAUUCAUUUAAUUUUAUUUUAAAUAAUAAAACAAAACGCUGUAGUGGUACUUUAAAGGAGAAAAGAGGAACAUUAGCUAAACAAUUACUUGUAGUCGAGUUUUUAAGUGUCGAAACAGGAAGUGACGAAAACACAGAAAAGUUUGGACGUUAGCAACUGUUUGGGUUUGUAGACUUAUUAGCUCACAGUCACAGCAAAUAGACUGUAAUUGUUUUGGAAGCGGAAUAAAACUGGCGUUGUAUCACUAUAUAAGCAUUAAAGGUUAUAAAUUACCUUGACAAGCUACAUCCAUGGUUCUGCUUUCUGGUCUUUUGUUGUUUUGAAGAAGAAGCCUGAGAAGUAAAACAUUCAAAUGGACUCUGAGGUGUCUGUGAUGCUUCAUUGUGCUCCAGCUCAGGGCUUUGAAGAGCAUCAAGUACAAGUAGAGAUAUCAAGCAGGUUCAACCGCAGAAGUGUUCCUGAGAUGGAGAAACAUAUAGAGGUGGUGUGGAGCGAUCGAGUGGCCAAAGAACCGUGGCUUUUCAAUGGGGCAAAGUUCAGACUGCACUCAGCAGAACUUUUCACGACACCUUCUCAGAUAUGUACAGAUACUGCCUCACGGUCUAAAACAGCCGAGGCCGACAGGCAGCUCGGAAUUCCUUCGUUCCACUGCAGAGGUGGAGAGCACAUCUCUCUGAUGGAAAAAGACAUCUCGUUGGUUAAUGCAAAAAGUGAGAAGAGCAGCUGCUGUAGAGAAGCCAAAGGAGAACCCAAGGAAGACACGAGACCCUCAGAAGUGAAUGGAGUGAUCCUCCGAUUACAGCUGGGUUUGACGUGUUAUAAAGACUUCCUAGGAACCAACUGGUCACAAGAAGCCGUGAACCUGCAGCAGCGCGGACGUCUGGAGUCAGGAGAUACUCAGGCGCUUCUUGCACAGCCUCUCGGAGUCGGUGCUGUCUUGGUUACCUCUGAUGGACAGGUAGUGAUGCUGAGGAGGAGUCAGAGAAUCGCCGAGGCUGCUGGGCUCUUAGACAUACCCGGUGGGCAUCCUGAGCCUAAGGCUGUGUGUCAGGGGGUGAGGGAGGAGGACAUCAGCGUGGACCUCAUGCAGGGCUGCGAGAGAGCCGUCGUGGCAGAAAUCUUCUCCUCCGUGUGCGCCGAGGUCAGAGAUGAGGUGUGUGCAGUUUAUACAACACAAUCGACAACUUGCUAUCGGAGAAGGAUUUGGAUGCCUGAUACAGGGAUUAGAGACGGUGCAGGUUUGCGCUGUGAAUGUUCCACUAGGUUCUCUCAGUGCACCGGUUCUGAUGGGAAUAGCACUGAACCACACCAGUGCAGGACGACCCAGCGCAGAGUUUUACAUCAGGUGUACUCUGACGAUGGAGGAAGUAAAGGAUUUUUAUCUGCGCGGCGGACCUGAAGCUCACGAGUCUACAGAUAUCGUGUUUCUGAGUAAAGCAGAGAUGCUGCAGUUGGAUACAAAGUCACCCUUGUGGUCAGAACUGUGUCCGUCAGCCAAAGGAGCAGUGCUGCUGUACCAAGUAGUGAGACCCGAUCAGUCUUAGAAACACCACACACACGUGCUUCCAUAUCUCUAGUCAUUAACUUCAAAGUUAUCUCAGAUAAAACUGUGUUCAGUUUGUUUUUUGGUUUCACUCUACACUUUUACACGUUUUUCGGUUAGCUCCGCCCCCUCGUCCGAGCUGAGGGAAAGUGAAGGCAUUUUUUUUUAUAGCAAUUGUUAUUCUCAGGCAGAAGAGAGCUCUAAAACCACAGACUGUCACUUUUUUUUUUAAAACUAUAAAAAGUCUGAGAUCUGUAUAAUGUAUACAGGAGUUUUUUUAUAAAUAUAUUCUAUUUUCAAAGCUUAAUAUAUCACAAUGUGUACGAAUCUGUUUUAAAGACUGAAAUGUGAAUUUUUAAUUUUUUCACAUGUACUUUUCUGAAAAUCAAUAAAACACAUUUUAUACGAACGAGA